CACCACUUUUGUGUUCAUAAAAGUCUGACGUUUUCCAUUACGCUUGCUUCAUCUUCUCCUCUUCUCCUUUCUACUCUACCAACAGUAAAAGAAUUAUCUACAGUAACGCUUUUGAAAUGUCCUUCGAUUCGCACGUACGACGGGGCCAUACGAUCACCUUUGGUCUCCUCAUUCUGUUCGCAAUCAUCACACUCUCAAUAUCCGCCUGGUUGACAUCUGAAUUCAAUAAGCAUGGUCAUCAGAACGGAAUAUCCCAAAGAGACCGGGUCCGAUAUGUCCUGUUCGCCUCAACAUGGACUAUCGUAUUCAGCACAUUCUACUUAGUUCUAUUCUUGUAUUCCGCCACAGGAUCAGUGCUCAUUAGCAUCGCGUCUCACCUUAUUUUCCUUUUCCUUACAUGGGUUAUCUGGACCGCAGCCGCAGCCGCCAUAACCCAAAACCUUGGAGGAGGGUUGAACUGCAAAACUCAGGAUGUGUUCGUUUACUGCAGCCAACUCAAUGCGCUCGAGGCAUUUUGUUGGAUAGAAUGGGUAUUGGUUACUUUGGCCAUCCUUUUCGUGAUUGUCCGAGGCGUUCAGGCCGCCCGACGCGGUGACGGUUACCGAGGAGGUCUUGUUAGCGUAUAAGUGCGCGUGGUAUUCCGUUCUUGGAUGUAAAUGACGCAUUUCUCCGUCGGGAACGAUACACGAUUGAUUGUACGAUCAAAUUUAUGACAUCUGUUCACUUACUCAGUUAUGCAGUUGUUCCUGUAAUAUAAUGAUAAUGAUCAAGCCGUUAGUGACCCUUGCCUUCCUCGGGGUAGAGCUUAGACAGGCAAGCGUUGAAUGGGCGGUUGAUGGUUAUCGGGGAGCGGUCAAGCUUCUUUCAAAUGCUUGUACUAUACCGAGCUGGCGAGUAAAGAAAAUUAGACACAGAAUAAG